AGCCACCAACGGUAACGUAGCCGGCUUGGGAGCGGAUGAGCUGCAGAUCGCGUACGCCCUACUUUGCAUUGCUAGCUCAAUCAAGUUUUUGUUCGCAAAAAGUAAAAUUACCUAGGUAUUAAUUAUUAUCCCUUUUUUCGACUUGAGGCUCAAGCGUUCGCUGUCGCCGAUACGUGCAAGUGCCCAAGCUUAGACCGCCUAUACACACUGAGCUUCUAAUUGCACCCGUUCUCCCUCCCUCACCGCGAUAUACAAUUAGCAUAAUGGCCAUUCCCCUAACGCGAUUAGGAGGCGGAGCCUUCAACCACAGUCCGAGCAAUGAUGCCGAAGCCGAAUAUGACCGGCUCCGAGACUUGGCGCGGGCGGAAGCCGCGAAACGGAACAGCUGUUUCGACCGGGCGCACCAGGCAUACGAGCGCGGCGACGGCGCCGAGGCCAAGGAGUUGAGUAACGAGGGCAAGCGGCACGCCGCCAAGAUGGACGAGUAUAACCGCCAGGCCAGCGAGUACAUCUUCCGGGAGAACAACGCGACGGGCCGCGUCACCGACGACACCAUCGACCUGCACGGCCAGUUCGUCGAGGAGGCCGAGGAUAUCCUCGAGCGCCGCAUCCGCCAUGCUCAGCAGCAGGGGCAGACGCAUCUCCACGUCAUCGUGGGCAAGGGGAACCACAGCACCGACCACGUGCAGAAGCUCAAGCCCCGCGUGGAGCAGGUGUGCCGCGAGCUAGGGCUGCAGUACGCGACGGAGGACAACGCGGGCCGCAUCUACGUCAACCUUCAAGGCGGCGAGGCCGUAAUCCCACCGCUCCCCCAACAGCCGCCGGCCCAGCACGGCGAGCACGGCGGACGGCCGCAGCAUCACCCCCAGCAGCAGGAGCAGGAGCAGGAGCAGCCCGACGCGCUAGAGCAGCUGCUGUCGAAGUUUGUGCGCAAGCUGGGCGACUGUUGUGUUGUCAUGUGAUGGGGCUUAGCAAGGCAAGCCAAGUUUUGCCUUGCGUUAAGAGCCCAGGAUCAGGAAUGAAUGGCGCUGCGGGUGUUAUGUCCCAGGCAGGUGAUUCAGACACGGCUUGCCUUGACGUGAGAAGAGGGAGGAGGAGGAUGCGGGUUUUGUGGAUGGGUGGUGUUUUAAGGGUAUCGAUGCGCUUUAUGAGGGUUCUUGAGGGCUGGUUUAUGAUUCUAUGGAAUACUCAAGUUGCUACCUGGUUAUAUUAACUAAUAGAUUCUUGAGAUAUUAUGGAUAAGAUUCGGAUGAUGAUUUUAUUCGGCAUUUCUCGAGUGCUCGUCGUAUAUAUGGACAUGAGAUGCUGUUUAUUAAUCAAUUUAUGACAAGAUCCUCCUUGUUUAAUCAAAAUAAUCAAACCUGAGUACUAUUAA